AUUGAUGUUGGUGUAGAUUUAGUUAAACUUCAAAUAAUUGUUCGAAACUUCAACGUUAUAAUUUUAUAAUCAUUCUUCUGAAAGCAUUUGAAUGACAAAGCAUUAGUUCUAGGUGCUAGAAUAUCAAGAUGCUUCAAAAUCUACCUGUCGACAUUAUUUUAAAAGUUUGCAAUUUUUUAUCAAACCCAGAGUUGAGAAAUUUUUCGGUUACUUCAAAAAACUUCCACCUUUUAAUAAAACAAUACUCAUUGCUGCAGCUGAACAAAGAUCACCAAUUGGGAGUCCUGACCUGGGAGCUUCUGGGACGAUUCAGUGAUUUAGAUCAGAACCCUUUGCUAGCUCUUUUUGUGUGGAACAAACUGAGUGCAACCAGUAUUGAAUGCAGUGAUAACAUCAGCAGUCUUUUUGAGUGUGAACUACGUCACAACGAGUGUCUGAAAACUCUGCCAAUGUCGAUCAUUACAAGCACUUUUAGGGUCACUGAUAAUUUAUUGCCUUGUGGAACAGUUCUCUGUUUCGAUUCAAAUUCAGACCAAGGUCUGCUUUGCUGCUAUACCAGCGAAAAAACCCUCCUCAUGCUUAAAAGAACCAUCUCCAUUUCGCCAAGUUAUGAAGUGAUAGCUCAAAACGAGUCGUUCACUUCGGCGCCAAUCAAAUCGAUCCAAAUCGGUGACUUCGGAUUUACCAUUGUGGUGGACGUGUUUGGAAUAAUGUUCAAGCUUUGUUCCGAGACCCUUCGGAAAAUAAGAGUAAUUGAUCACCGCGGUUUGAGAUGCUUGUCUCCUGCCUAUGGACUUUUCCCAUUUUCCACGAAGUUUGCUAUAAUGUCUCGUGAUCUGGUUUUGUUCACAUGUGACGAAACUAACUCGUUUGGAUUGUGGAAUUUGCAAACUGGAGACGUAAAAACGUUUCCUGGGCAUAUUUUAUACAACGAAAAAACUGUUCGCAUAUUUCCGUUAGGGAGAUAUUUUUUAUUAGUGAGUCAAGAUAGCUGCUUUAAUGUGAUUGCCAAUUUGUACAUCCUGAAUGACCUGGGAAUUGUCCAGUUAGUUGACACCAUAGGGUUCAUAACAGGUCAAGUCAAAUGCCAACUCAAAGAUGUUGAACUCAAAAUUGAACAGAAUUCUCGAAAUGAUGAGAACAGGAGAAAGAGACCAAUUAAAUUUGCAUUGCAAAUUUGAAUGUAAAUAAAGUAAGUUUAUAAAUGAAAUAAAUCAAAAUUGUAUCUCAUUAAUAUACAGUGCUGAUUUAAAUUAACCGGACAAAACGAGCUAAAUUUGAAAUUUAAAACGCGUUUUUCUCAAAUUGGGUUAAGAUUAGACAAAAAGUGAAGAGGACAAAAGUUGCCAGGAAUUUUAUCAAAAUUAAUAUGGUGCAAUUUUCUCUUCGAAAUUCUCAACCAAAAGUUUAACCCAAAAAUGGGUAAUUUUGGCCUUUUUCAAUUAAUCGGAGAAUAUACCCUUCUUAAAGUUUGUACGGC